GUAAAUAACAAGUUGUUUAGCCACUACGUGAAUAAAUCUAAGUAAAAUUUUAUACUCUGUUAAAAUGAACAGCGGCACAAAGGAUUAUCCCUACGAAAUAAAAAAGUUGGAUCCUGAGGAGCACGCGGAAGUGUUUAAACAGUUCAAUGCAGAGACAACAUGGACACAGGAGUUAGUGUGGCAGGUGGCCAAUGAUUUCAACUACGCUAAAGCUGAAGAUAUUCCACUCGUGAAUAGAUUCUCGUUUAUAGAAUCUGCUUUGUUUUCAACGAAGAGAAAGCCCAAAAAGAGUUUGGAUGUUAUGAGAAAAACAAGGCUAUUUUGGACGCAGCGAACAACAUUUUCGAUCGAGUGUCGACAAUGCACUCGCCACGGUUCAUCAAGUCGCACCUGCCGCUGUCGCUGCUGCCGCCCGCGCUGUAGGACUCCUGCCGCGUGGUGCAUGUGGCGCGCGACCCCAGGGACGUGGCCGUCUCCUUCUACCACAACUACAACUUCUUUCGAUUCAUGGGCUAUUCCGGCAACAUUAAGCAAUUCCGGAAUUUAUGCAUUGUAGAUAGAAGUGAGUACUUUAAGGGGGCUUCACGUAUACUCGCGCGACUGCAACGAUGCAAGAGGAACACUUUACAUAAGAGAUAUACUGCAGCGUGGUUUAGACACGAAGCAGGCGCUAUCGUCUGCGCGUCUCAUGAUAUUUAAAAUCCUUGUGAAUGUGUGAAAGGAAACCCAAGUCGUCCGGCAUCAGCCAUAACUCUUGUAGUGCAAUCAUAUCACACUCAUCACACAACUGCUUGACGUAAGUUUGUGAUCUUCGUACGGAUUGGCAGUUAAAGCUAGACAACUUCACGGUUUUACUUAUACCGACGUAUCUUCUUGAUCAAUGGCGGCGCUAGGCGUCGGCGACGUCGGCCACGGCCGACGGCCUCGCGCCUGAGGGGGCCUCGCAAAAAAUUUUUACAAGUUACCUAUUUAUUUUCGUUUCUCCUGGCCUGGCUUAGAUAGCCGACCCCGAACAAUUCGGGGAAAAAGCUAAGCAGAUGAUAAUGACUUUUAUUAUUUUCUAACACGUGCGUGAUGGAAGCUAGUAGUACUUUACGGGUAUUCAGAAUCGUCUGUCUGGCAACACUAUUUUUGUAAUUAAAUUUCUAUGUUGUAAUUAUUUUUUGUCAUCAUUUGAUUAUCAACAAUAAAACUCGUUUACUCAUACGUUAUUUUAUAAUUUGGCUCACUUAAUUUAACGGUUUUUUUAUUGCGAAGUAAAAUAGGCCUCGCGAACUUGAUGUCGCCGACGUCCACAUGUGGUCUAGCGCCGCCACUGUUCUUGAUGUUUCGAUAACAAAAAAUAGAAAAAUUCUAAGUUACUUGUAGUUUAAUAUAUAGGUAGGUAUUUAGUUUGGAUGUGAAUUCUAAGCAAUCAGGCAGAUGUAACGAGUCCGUUUUCAGAUUUGCCUUGUUUGUAUAUUCUGAAUACUAUAGAUGUUGGCCAGUAAUCUUCCUUUAAUAUAAUGUUGAGGUCUUUCUUAGACAUCAUGAUUUUAAAGGAUUUAAAGUCGUCUUUUUUAGAUUAAGUGUUUCAAUCCCGUAGAUGUUUUGCCUAUUCUGUUUUAAAUACUCUUCAAUAUAAGUUUCUGUGCAGUCGCUCGCAAAUUUUGAUUUGUAUACGGGUAUUAUUUGUUCCGCUACUUUUAAUAAUGUUGAGGUGUUAGUGCCCCGUUUGUUCUUAGAUCGGUAUCUUGUCUUAUCGUUUGAUUCUGUAUAGUUUUCAAUGCAUUGCCGCU